AUGAUGAGAGAUGGGGAGAGGCUCCUCGGCUCCCAGAAGACAGUGCUGGCUGUGGAUAGAGAGAAGCGGGAUCAGCGGGGCUGCCAGACCGAGGACCUGCCAUGGAGCACACUGCUGUGGGUAUGGAGGGUCAGCUUCCCUUGGGCAUGUACAAGUUCGGUCCUCUGGGCUCCUCACCCCUUGCCAGCUUCCACCUGGAAGGUCCCCCAGGCAGCCCGCAGCAUGAUCUCCAUCACCGAAUGGCAGAAGAUUGGUGUGGGCACCACCGGCUUCGGCAUCUUCUUUAUCCUCUUUGGAAUGCUCCUGUACUUUGAUUCGGUGCUCCUGGCCUUCGGAAACCUGCUGUUCCUGACCGGCCUCUCCCUCAUCAUCGGCCUGAGGAAGACAUUCUCCUUCUUCUUCCAGAGGCACAAGCUCAAGGGGACCAGCUUCUUCCUGGGGGGCGUGGUCAUCGUUCUCCUGCGCUGGCCCCUCCUGGGCAUGUUCCUGGAAACCUAUGGCUUCUUGAACCUCUUCAAGGGCUUUUUCUCUGUCGCCUUUGACUUCUUGGGCAAUACCUCCAACAUCCCCUUCCUGAGCAUGCUGUUCCAGAGGCUUCAAGGCACCAGCUCAAUGGUCUGA